CUGAUGGAGGAUUUGCGUCGUGGAGGAGGCGGAGUGAUGAGGUGGUCAGGUACUUGAAUGGGGAAGGGCCUCGAGUGAGGCAGCAGGUCAGCUUUCGUUUUUGUUUCUUGAUUGUCGUUUGCUGUUCUUCUGUUCCAAUUUGCGCAUCAUCAAUUUGUCAACUGUCAAUCGUUGAACGAGAGAAAUGGCAGAUCAAGUGAGCGUCGCUGAGAAUAUCGAGAGAGUCUCGACGGCAGGAUUCGAGCUCGCGAAACAAUUGCAUCGGGCGAGCAUAUCGGGCGACGAAGUUCACAGCUACAAGGAGGAAAUCAAUUCAUUCAGAAGUCAACUGCAGAGUUUGGAUGUGUUGCUUGCGACAAGCUUCGACCAAUCAAGCGACUUGAUGGAUGAAGUGCUUGAGAACACAUUGAAGGAAGGCCACUGCUCGCGGACUGCAUCUAUAAAUGAAGUCUCUUUCUCACCAGCUUCGACUCCGCCGUUCUCCCCACGAAUGACCUUCGAGACUGAAUGUCAAUCAUGCUCGCCCUUUCUGACAGAAGGGGAAUACCACGACAUCGAUUCGGACGAUGAGAUUGAAGAUGAUCUGGACUUCAAUCGAGAAGACGCCACCCAUCUCAUCUUGGGGGACAUCCAGAUGUUCUCACCGACGCAAAGCCUUGCACAAUCGAUGCUUAAAACCAAUCAGCUCGAGCUCCAGUCUCCUACCUCACCAGAAACCCAAAGCCUGGAGCCAGAAUUAAGCCCCAAUAUUCAAAUUACACACGCCAGUGUGACUGGUCUGACGAGCCGUCUUCCACUUUCACAUGCGCGGAGAAUCAGUGGAUACUCGGACAGCAGUACCUUGCAAGGGAGUGUGCAUGAAGACGAGGAGUUCCCUAUGAGAAAGGAUGUGAAUGAAGAUGUUAUCCAGGUAGUUGAGAUUCCUUUGAUGUCGCCUGGGAGAAAGAGAGGCUCGAGUCUGGUUUGGAUUGGCGUUGUUUGUACAUGUGGAAUGGAUUUAGAAGGCUUGCGUAUACCCAUAGAUGGCGGAUUCGGGAGUUUAUAGAGGUCUGGACUUUGAAUCAUAUUCGUUGUUCAGCGUCAUUCUUUUCUCUGAAUUGUUGUGCGAAGUACAUGUCAGACUAUCAAACACGUGGUACGCGGAUCAAUCUGGCCCUUCCAGUCUUCCUCACCUUUUGAACUCAACUCCGCUCCUCAGUCACUCACGAACAAGUCUAACACUGUACAAACAAUCAAACCGAAAUUCCGUCGUACAGUAUUUCUCGUUGUCGCUCGAUAUCGAUCAAGCCUCGUAAGCACCG